AAGGUCUCUGCAGAAUCCUGGGUUCCCUUAAACCUCCGGAAUGGCGGCGAAGAAGGAAGACACCAUAGCCACAAUCAAGUCCUUACGCGCCCAACUUGAGACCCGAAUCCAAUCCCAACACACCACCCACCUCGACCUCCUUGCCUCCCUCCAGCACCUUGACCCCGACAUCAUUCCCACCGUUGAUCUCUCACUCCGCCUCCUCUCCUCCUUCAACCACCGCCCCUUUUCGCCUACUCCCUCUCUGCCCACACCCAAAAAGAUUACUCACCAACACACGGCACCCCAGCUGCCUUCUGACCAGAAACUCGCUCUUUCGAGAUCCGACCCGACAGAUGCUGAGCAAAGCUUCGCGCUUGAUGAGAGCGGGAAUCCGUUCGCUGUUGUGAGAGCCAUGGUGGCGGACUGUUUGCUGCAGAGAGUGCCGUUCUCGGCUAUAGAUUCCUCGACGGUACUGAGGAAGAUUGAGAAUGAUGAGAACCUGACUGCUGCGGAGAAGGCGGCGCUGCGCGAUGUUGGCGGGGAGUCGGGGGCGAUACUGGCGGUGGAGAUGGCGUUGAGGUCAAUGGAAGACGAAAACGGCGGCAUCGAGCUCGACGAGUUCGUGGUUGGUGGAAAGAGCAGAGUCAUGGUAUUGAACAUCGAUAGGACCCGGCUGUUACGAGAACAGCCCGAGGAAGCGCAGAAUCAUAAAAAAGCACGAGUAAAUGACGUUUCUGAGAGCGAGAGUUUGAAUUGUAUCAACCAGAAUCAGGGGAUGAAUAGUGACUGGGUAAUGCAGCGGCCUAUGAAUGAAAUGUGGAUGGGAGGGGGUGACCCCACGAUGAUGUACUCACCGGGCGGCCCAAUGGGCGGCUCCAGAGGUAGGGGGAUGGGGAUGAUGGGGAUGCCGCCGAGAGGGGUAAUGGGUAGGUCACCGUUGGGGCCAAAUAAUCAGCUGAUGCCUCCACAAAGGCAGAGGACUGAGGAGGAUGAUUUGAAGGACUUGGAAGCUUUGUUGAAUAAGAAGUCCUUUAGAGAGAUGCAGAAGUCUAAGACUGGUGAGGAGAUUUUGAACAUCAUUAACCGCCCGACUGCUAAAGAAACUGCUGUGGCUGCUAAGUUCAAAAGCAAAGGUGGUUCUCAAGUUAGAGAGUAUUGUUCAGCUCUUACGAAGGAGGACUGUAGACGUCAGUCUGGUUCCUUUUUGUCAUGUAAGAAGGUUCAUUUUAAGCGAAUAAUUGCUCCUCAUACUGACAUCAGUUUAGGAGACUGUUCAUUUCUAGACACUUGCCACAUGCAAGUAUGUGCAUUAUGAGCUUGACCAGACACCAGAUGAUAUUGGCCCUGAGAAACCAUUAAAGCCUCCACGUGCUGAUUAUUGUUCUGAAGUGGAGCUAGGUGAACCACAAUGGAUAAAUUGUGAUAUUCGCUCAUUUAGAAUGGACAUUUUGGGUCAGUUUGGAGUUAUAAUGGCAGAUCCACCAUGGGAUAUUCAUAUGGAGUUGCCCUAUGGAACUAUGGCUGAUGAUGAGAUGCGGAAUCUUAAUGUUCCUGCUUUGCAGACUGAUGGUCUAAUUUUUCUUUGGGUCACGGGACGUGCCAUGGAGCUAGGACGUGAAUGUCUGGAUCUCUGGGGGUACAAGCGUGUUGAAGAGAUCAUCUGGGUCAAGACUAAUCAACUUCAACGCAUAAUUAGAACAGGACGAACGGGCCAUUGGCUCAAUCACAGUAAGGAGCAUUGCCUUGUUGGAAUUAAGGGAAAUCCAGAAAUAAACAGGAAUAUAGACACUGAUGUCAUUGUUGCUGAGGUUCGUGAGACAAGUCGUAAACCAGAUGAGAUGUACCCGAUGCUAGAGAGAAUAAGUCCAAGGACAAGGAAGCUGGAAUUAUUUGCGCGCAUGCAUAAUACACAAGCAGGAUGGAUAUCACUCGGUAACCAGUUGCAGGGAGUAAGGCUGGUAGAUGAAGGCCUGCGUGCAAGGUACAAGGCUGCUUACUCAGACAAGGAGGUUCAGCCUGUCUCCCCUCCCAGAGCUUCAGCUAUGGAAAUAGACUCUUCUGCUCAAAUGAAGAGCCCAUUUGCAUCAGAUUCAAGAAUGCAAUAUGGAGACCCUGCAGCUCCCGAAGCAGCAAACCCAUCCGAAGAAAGGGCAAUGGCUGUAGAUGCCAAUGCCAACUGAAUAACCAUUGACACCAAACCAUCACGAAGAUUAGUAGAACUUCUGCCAAGUUUUUUCCCUCUGUACUUUUAUUUAUUUAUUUAUUUUCACGAAGCAUGGCAUAAAUCUGUGUAAUUGGUUCAGCUUACGUAGAAUAUGGAUUCAACCUGUUCUAACUUUGUAAAUCACGACCCGGUAUCCAUACGCUUAUAUUUCCUUGUCUCUAUUUUUGUCUUGGAAAAGUGUGCAUCUCUUUUUCUUAGAAAAGAGCAAAAGAAGGCACGGGAGCGCCCACUUUUUACAAGCUCCAGGAUCUCGCAAUCUAAAACCAAUAAAACAGCCUUGUGAUU